AUGUUCUACCUAGAGGACUAUUUGGAGAUGAUUGAGCAGCUUCCCAUGGACCUGCGGGACCGCUUCACGGAGAUGUGCGAGAUGGACCUGCAGGUCCAGAAUGCAAUGGAUCAGCUAGAACAGAGAGUCAGUGAAUUCUUUUUAAAUGCAAAGAAGAAUAAGCCUGAAUGGAAAGAACAAAUGACAUCCAUCAAAAAAGAUUACUAUAGAGCUUUGGAAGAUGCAGAUGAGAAGGUGCAGCUGACAAACCAGAUCUAUGACUUGACCUUUGAGGGCUAG